AUGAUUGAGCCACAUUCGCGCAAGAGAAAGCCACAAGUUCAAGAGGUCUUAAGAGACACUCCUCAAGGAUCAGGUGGAUUUGAUGAAUCGCUGAAGAUCCCUACAUAUGGGCCAGUGCAAGAUAUAUCCGUCCUUCAAGAUCCUGGGUCUGGCAUAACUACGGAAAGAACCAGUUUCGCAUAUCAAGGAGAAGCGUUUAAGCAACCCAUUCGAGGUCCCGAGAAUGGUAACUUGGCGAAUGGCACCGAUGGCCUUGGUAAAGCUCCACCCAAAUUGUCGGGCGCAAUCGAAGUUCUCAAGGAUGAGCAUGCUUCGAACGAGUUUGAAAGUUCCAAGCUGAUCGAGCCAACAGAGCAAAUCUCCUCUCAAGACCUCGAAUAUAGGAGUGAUAGAACAGAAAAUAACAAUCAUACGCUUGUGGAAGAGAAGAAAUUGUUCUUCGAUCUGCUCUCGAAAGUAGACAAGGCUCUAAGGGAGCACCAGGAGCCUGACAAAUCCGACGCAAUUAAGUUCUUACAGUUGUUUCUCUCUAGAGACUUCAGUUCUUGGUUUCGUGAGGUAGAAUGUGAUCCUAAGCAAGCCAAGGCCGUGGGAUUCUUCCUCGAUUGUAUCGCGAAUAUCAUCAAUGUUAGUGCGAAUAUUGGUAAGUCCGAGAUAGCUCAGCCUGUGGAGUCAACCUCCUCCAAGGACUUCAAACUUGGAGACGCCAGGGUAGAGAAUAGUGAUCUCCAGCGAGUGGAGGCUAAAGAACUGCUGUCUGACCAGCUUCCCAACAUUGGAAAUACUUUGACGAAUGUUGACAAGGCCGAGGCAGCCAAAGCUGCGACAAUCACCUCUGAAGAUGUCCACCCUGGAGAGGUUGGAGCAAAAAGCAACAAUCCUGAGCAGCUGGAGGCCAAACGAUUGUCUUUCAGUCAGGUUCUGAAUACCGAAAAUGUUGAACAAGGGGUUGCUAGAGAUGAGCUAGUCGGAUCUGAGUGUUCGUCCGCUCCUGUCUCUGAGACGAAUAGUGCAACAAGCGAGAUUCAGAGCUCAGAGCAGGCCGUUCCAGUCUCGGCACUUGGUUCGGAAAGUGCACUCUCGGAUGAUACACUCAGGCAGGAUCUAUCAACCGAAAACAAGGAUUUACAAGAGGAAGACCCAAAGUUACAGCUGUCUGACGAAAUAGGGGAAGCUAUGACAUCGAGUAUUGACGCGGAAAGAAAUUUAAGGAAGCUUUGUGAAGGCACUUCGAAGCUGAUGAGAGCAUCGUCGGAGCCGUUGGUAUUGGGAGGAAGCUUUUCACACGAGCAAGAAGCUCCAUCUUCAGUCAACAUUCCGGCAAUUGGUGUUUCCAAGGAGGAGAACAUGGACCUUGGGGAGUCAUUGGUACUCAACAUUUUAGAUGACCUAGAUCCUGUCCCCAGAGCCAAGUCUAUUCCAAUCUUUACAGAGGAGGACGAGCUUCAUAUUCUUGUCGAAUACCGAAAUAAUGGAAGAGAGGCACAUGGUGUGCCGCUCAAAGAUACAGGUUCCUUCACUAGCUGGGUCUCUCUCGAAUUCUUAGGCAGGCUUGGCCAUGCAGACUCCAUCCUGCCGCCAAGUACCGGAGACAGGUAUGCGACACUUAACGGUACAGACAUGCUCUGCAAAGGCACCGUGACUCUGAACUGGCGAGAACUGGACCAAAACAAGCACUGCGAAGACGUCUUCAGAGUCGCUGAACUUGCUAGACAUGACAUUGUGUUUGGCUACGAUAUUCUCAAAAAAUACAAUUAUGUCACGUGGAAUUUCGGAAGGGACGUGAAACCCGCUUGUGCCAUCUUCCCGGCGAAGAAAGAAAGUCCAGAACAGAGACAAAUGCGAGAGGAAGCUCAGAGACAACAAGCAGAGAGGGUUCAGAAGGAAGAAGAGCAAAAGCGGAGGGACGAAUUGGAGAAACAGAAUGAGAGGAGAAGGAAGUUGCAAUCAGGUUCUUCAAGUGGAGCAGCAGCACGCUCAUCUGGCAAUUAG